CAAGUGGAAUGGACUAUGGUGCGUUUUGAGCGUGGAGGUAAUAAUACAAAUGGCGAGGUAGUGAAAAGAAAGUAAAAGAUUAAAGAGGUUGUACGAUCGGAAUCGAUCGUGAGCGAGAAAGUAACAUUUUGUAAAACGCGCCUUGUUCUAAUUACCCUUUCACCUUCCUCACAAUUAGCUGAAUCCAAUCGCCGGAGGACUCCAUGUUGGAGGAAUUUUUGGCAAAUACAGAGGUUAAGAUUUAAUCUGUAAUCCUUCAAAAUAAACUUAAAUAAUUACUGAUUACAUUGAUCCGUAUUGAAAAAAUUGAUAAUUAAUGGUGUAUUUAAUUAACUUACGUUCAAAUAUUAUUAAAAAUGUCUUUGGCGGCAACCGUUGGAUAUUUGGUGAUGCGCCGUAAUAAUGCUUCAGAAAGUAGUAGUUCAUCCAGUUCAGAUGAAGAAUGGUCUACAAUUUUACAAAAAUAUGAUCAUGAAAAAAGAAAACUUCGACCCCGUAUUAUUGAUUACGAAAACGUUGUUUAUCGUUACUCAGAUGAUGAAUUCAAAAGUCAUUUCAGACUUUCAAGAAAUACAUUUAAUUAUUUACAUGAAUUAAUACAAGAAGAUUUAGUUCGGCAUGUUCCUGGAUGUCCUACGAUUCCUUCCCAUCAUCAAUUGAUGAUAGCCCUUUGGAAAAUGGCUACAACAGAUUCUUACAGGUCCGUCUGUGACAGAUUUAAUGUAGGACGAGCUACUGCCGUAAGGGCUGUACGUCGAGUUUGUCAUUCUUUAUUUAAAAGAGCCUCAAGAUUUAUACAAUGGCCUACGGGGGAUCAUGCUAUUGAAGUAAUGCGCGGAUUUGAGAGAGCAAGUGGUUUUCCUAAAACAAUAGGAACCAUCGAUGGAACUCACAUUCGUAUAAAUGCGCCAAAACAGAAUCCAGUAGAUUAUAUCAAUCGGAAAGGAUUCCAUUCUAUUCAGCUACAAUUGGUAUGUGACCACAAAGCUCUGAUAACCCAUUGUUAUGCUGGAAAUCCUGGGUCUGUUCAUGAUCAACGAGUUUUUCGUUUGUCAGAAGUUGCAGAUUACUUGAACGAUGAUGAUGCAUUCCCUGAAGACAGUCAUAUUCUGGGCGAUUCUGCAUAUGAAAUACAUCAGCACUUACUCAUUCCUUAUCGAGAUAAUGRACAUUUAAGUGAGAAACAGAAAAAAUACAAUUAUCGUCAAUCAGCUGCUCGGGUUACUGUUGAAAGAUGCAUCGGAUUAUUGAAAGGACGAAUGAGGAGCUUAUUACAUUGUCUCCCAAUGACUAGAGUARAUUUAAUGGCAGAGUAUAUCGUUGCGUGUUGCGUAAUUCAUAAUAUUUGUACUUUACGAGAAGAUGAAAUAAGUGUUAUCACUAUACCCGACCCUAAUAACGAAAAUACUGGUAACAAUUUACGCGAAAUUAGACGUAAUGCAGGAAUUUUGAAAAGAGAUGUUAUUAUGAAUUCCUUGAAAUAAUUAUGAUGAUUAAUUGUUAACUAUGUUAUCAGUCUUGAUAAUAAUUACUAAUCACUUUGAAUCAUGGGAAUCUAAUGUAAAUUUAUUUAGCAGUUGAAAAUUAUCAAAGAAAAAAAAUACUUUCACUGAAUAUGAAAAUUUCGAAAUUUCUAAACUAUUUAUAAAUACUAUAAUCUCAAGCUAAUAAAAAAAUUAAACAUAUUAUUAGAUCAUAUAUAAUAACACACACAUGUAAUAUACUACAAGAAUUGUACAAAAUCAAAAUUCCUAAAAAUUAAACUUUAUUAAUUAUAAAAACAUGAAAUGCACUUGUUGGUUUAUUAAAAAAAAUACUAAACUAUUAUAAAAAGAUUAUAAGCUAAUUUGUACGUAGAAUUUAAUAGUUAAACAUUUUUUUCUAUAAAAUUUAAAAUUAUUAAAACUUAUCUUUAAAGAAUAUUUAAAUAUUUCACUAUUUAAAGUUUACAACAUUUUUAUAAAAUUUGAAACUAUCAAAACUAAUUUUUAAAUAAUACUUAAAUAUUUCACUAUUUAUUAGCUAACUUUUCUAAAACGUUGAGGAGUUUUUCAUCCAUCUCCAUUCGCUCUUUAUGUCUUUUACUUUUUUGUAGUUCAUGUUCUUCUUUUUGCUUGAGCCUCUUUCCUAGUAAAGUGGCAAUUGGUGUUCUCUUUGAUU